CCCACCCGGGGUGGGCCUCGACGGAGCCCCCCGGAGUUCAAGCGUCCCGGCAGCCAGCCCCGCCCCAGGGGCGAAAGAGCCGCCGGCGGCGGGGGGCCGCCCCCAGCCCGGAGGGCCACCUGCCCCGCGUCCUCCUUCCCCGCGCCGCGCCGGCAGGCUCUUCCGCCCCGCGGUCAGCUGACCGCCUUCAGGAAGUGGGAUCCCGAAGGGUCUUAAGCCGGGGCCAGCGGGGCGGAGAGCCGACUCGCAGCUGGCAGGCGCCGCGGCCCGCUCGCGACACCCCAAGGGCUGCCUGGCCCGCUCGGAGAGGCCCCGGCUGGCCUUGGCGCAGGCACCGCCGCGAUGGCCGGGCUGCUGGUGAGCGGAACGCAAGUGUCUUACAUUGGCCAAGACUGCAAAGCAAUUCCAGAAUUCCUUGGGAGAAAAUACGGAAGCAUCGCAAAAAGGCUGGAUCUCAGCUUCAAUUUGUUAAAGUCACUGGAAGGACUGCAGACAUUUAGCAGCUUGGAAGAGCUCGUCUUGGACAACAAUCUUCUCCAAAAUGACCUUCGGUUACCCAGCUUGCCACACCUGCAUACUCUGAUGCUCAACAAGAACCAAAUAUCAGAGCUGGAGGGCUUGCUGGAUCACUUGGCUGAAGUAGCACCUUCCCUGGAGUUCCUUAGUUUGCUGGGAAAUUCAGCAUGUCCAAAUGAGCUGGUCUGCAAAGACAAGGAUGAGGGAGACUACCAAAGAUACAGGUAUUUUGUCCUGCACAAAUUAACCAAAUUGAAGUUUCUGGAUUCUCGGAAAGUAAGCAGUAAGGAACGUGAAGAAGCCAUUUUGAGGGGGGCUUUUAUGAAAGUGGUGAAGCCAGUGGAUAAUAAGGAUUCUGUUGAAGAUGCCCCUGCUUCCUCCCAGACGUCCUAUACACCUUUGCCUUCUGGAUCAAGGAACCUCACCCACCACAGAGGUGUUCUGGGGAAAUGCCGCUAUGUCUACUAUGGAAAGCAUUCUGAAGGCAACCGAUUCAUUUGCGAUGACCAGCUUUAAGGCCAAGCGUGGGUCUCCAAAACCACACUUGUUGGCAUAUGCUACCCACACAUCUUGCAUUUACAUCUGCAGAUCAACCCAUGUAGACCUACACACGCCACACACACAAACACACACACUGUGUUCAAUUUGUAGAAAGAAAAGAAAAAGGAUGUGUAAAUCAGAGUCCUCAGUAACUCCUGCUGACUUUGCCAGGCCUGUCAAAAGCAUCCUUCAGCUUUAGCCUGAGUAGACACAUAGAUUUUGACAUGAUUGCCUCUAAGCAGGUUCCAUCUACCCUGGUGACAGACGGCUGCAGCAAAGCACCAGACCUGACAGCAGGGACACCAUGAUGGAUUGCCUGACCCAAAUGUUGCUUACAAAAGAGCAAAAGGUCACACCUGGGUCUCACUGAGCAUGCUCAGCUGGUCUGAAGACAAGCAUCUCCUUCUGGCUGCAGCCUGUUGAGUGUGAAAGCUAUAUGUUUAUCAGAAAGAUGGGUGCAGUUGCAGCUAUUAAACAGCAUCACUUCCUUAUCCGACUUUAUUUUCCACAAGAAUUAAAUAUUUAAGGUGGACAUACAGAGAGGGCAUACCACAUGGAGAACAUGGCAGGGUUGUAUGUUGCUUGCAGAGAAA